AUGGUGCUCAAGAACGUGUACAUCGUGGCGGCCAAGCGCACGCCCUUCGGCAACUUCGGCGGCAAACUUAAGGACGUGACGGCCACGGACCUGUGCGCGCAGGCGGCCAAGGCGACGAUGGCCGCCGCCAAGCUGGACCCGGCGCUCGUGGACACGGUGCAGGUGGGCAACGUGGCGCCCACGUCGGCCGACGGCGCGUACAUCGCGCGCCACGUGCAGCUCAAGGCCGGCAUCCCCAUCGAGAAGCCGGCGCUCACCAUCAACCGCCUGUGCGGCAGCGGCUUCCAGUCGGUCGUGGGCGGCAUGCACGAGAUCCUGCUGGGCGAGGCCGAGAUCGCGCUCUGCGGCGGCGCCGAGAACAUGUCGCAGAGCCCGCUGGCCGUGUACGGCCACCAGGCGCGCUUCGGCGUGGGCCUCGGCGCCGGCCUCAACCUGCAGGACACGCUCUGGUCGGCGCUCACGGACUCGUACGUCAAGACGCCCAUGGGCAUGACGGCCGAGAACCUCGCCGAGAAGCACGGCAUCACGCGCGAGGAGUGCGACGCCUUCGGGCUGCGCAGCCAGACGCGCUGGGCCGAGGCGCAGGCCGCCGGCUGGUUCGACGCCGAGCUGGCGCCGCUGGAGGUCAAGGCCGGCCGCAAGACGGAGGAGUUCGCCGUGGACGAGUCCCCGCGCAGUGUGGACAUGGCCAAGCUGGCCAAGCUUAAGCCCGUGUUCAAGAAGGACGGCGUGGUCACGGCCGGUAAUGCCUCGGGCAUCUCGGACGGCGCCGGCACGGUGCUGCUGGCCAGCGAGGAGGCCGUGAAGAAGCACAACCUCACGCCUCUGGCGCGCGUCGUGAGCUACCAGGUGUCAGGAGUGGACCCGACCAUCAUGGGCAUCGGCCCCGUGCCCGCCAUCACGGGCGCGCUCAAGCGGGCAGGACUGAAGAAGUCGGACAUUGACAUCUACGACAUCAACGAGGCCUUCGCCGCGCAGUGGUUGGCCUGUGUCAAGGAGCUGCAGAUCGACCCGGAAAUUGUCAACCAGGCCGGCGGUGCCAUUGCUCUCGGACACCCGCUGGGCGCCUCCGGAAGCCGCAUCACGGCACACCUCGCGCACGCGCUGCAGCGUACGGGCAAGAAGUACGCGGUCGGAUCGGCUUGCAUUGGCGGCGGACAGGGCAUCGCUCUCGUGCUGGAGAACACGGCAUAA